AGUUUAAGCAAUGUGUUUACUACCUGAUGUAUAAUCGUAACGUCAAUCAUUACUGACAAAAUGCUUUUACUGCAGAUAAAAAAGAAUUAUCUUCACGGAUUUAUUACGUUAAAACGUAUUAGUCCAAAUAAUUGAAAAAAAUUAUACAGAUAUUGAAUUUAUUUAUGGCCAUGGUUGUGAUAUUGUAAGAGGACAGGAUGUUUUGGAAACUAUCUGUUGAAAUUCUCUUACUUUGUAUGGUAACUGUAGAUAUUUCUCUUGCUUCUGAUUAUGUUAAACGUAAUGAUAGCUACAAAUGUAAAUUGGGAUCGAAAACUCCAUAUAGAUGUGUGGCCAAUCUUGAUGAAUCAUCGUUGAAUUAUCCAGAUUGCGUGGAGAAAAAAAUUUGGUUGAUUCUGCGCCAUGGAACUCGAUAUCCAGGCAAGAAAUAUGUGCCUCGUAUGAUAGAUGAUUUGCCAGAGCUGCAACAUGUGAUAUUACAAAAUUAUGAAAAUGGCGCAACGAAUCUGUCAGCCGAUGACGCGGCAUUGUUUAAGAAAUGGAAAUUAUCAUUUGCUCGUGGGCAAAUGAUGAAACUGGCAGUAGAAGGAGAGAAUGAGAUGAUUGAUCUUGGAGAAAGAUAUCAGGCAAGAUUUCCAUCUCUAAUGCCAGAGACUUUCGAUAAUCAGACAUAUAAAAUUAGAUUCACUUCUACACAACGUACUGAAGAAAGUGCAAGACACUUUGCUAUUGGCUUAUUUGGUUGGCAUAACAGCAAAAAUAUUCGAUAUCCAUUACCAGUGUACAAAGAUCGAGUGAUAAGAUUUUAUAAGGUUUGUCCUCGUUGGCGCCAAGAGGUUGACAAGAAUCCAGAUGCACAGUUAGAGAAAACUAAAUUUCUGAACAGCAAGAUUGUUAGAAAUAUGCUGGUUAAUAUAAGAAAACGCAUUGGUCUUGAUAUCGAUUAUGAAACUGCACAUUUAAUGCAUACAACAUGUGCUUUUGAGACUGCUUUAAAUGAAAGUAUAGUGUCUCCUUGGUGUAAAAUAUUUUCAUUAAAUGAUUUUAAGGUGUUUGAAUAUGCAGAAGAUUUAGAAUUCUAUUGGAUUGAUGGAUAUGGAUAUCCAUUGACAUAUGAACAAGCAUGUCCUGCCCUGAAAGACAUGUUUGAUUCCUUUGGAUCUGAGAAAGGACCACUGACAACAGCUUAUUUCACUCAUUCUGGUACGAUUUUGAAAUUAACAGCCUUACUCGGAAUAGCCAAAGACGCAUAUCCUUUAACGCACGACUCUUUCGCACUACGCGAAAAAAAAGAUAAACGAGCCUGGAGAAGCAGUAUUAUUGAUACAUUCGCAUCCAACCUCGCAUUUGUUUUGUAUGAUUGUGAAUAUUACGGACCCAGUAUUCUAUUCAUGCUUCAGGAACGACCGGUAUAUUUACCAGGUUGUCCAAAAGAUAGACCAUGUCCACUGAAUAUUAUGAAAGCGAUGUAUCCAGAUCGUGAUGAAGAAUGUCAGUUUGAUGCUAUGUGCCAUGUAACGAAACAAGACAAUUAACACAAAAAAUAUUUUUAUAACCAAAA